UUGCGAAACGUAGCGGGAAUUUUAAACAGAUAGGCACAUCGUCGUGGCCCGAGCGCGUAAAAAUUCAACUGUUUUCUUCGAUUUUGUUCUACAGAUUAUAGAUUGAUUGUGCGUGUGUAUUUUUUUUCGGGUGCACUUUGUGUAGAAUCGCUGUGCGAGGCGCAGUGCGGGAAGCGUGCAUUUAAAAUGCUUAAAUUGUUGCUAAUCGAGCUGUAAACAAUAAAAAAGAUCUGAACAAAAUGCCUAAAUAUAUGCAUUGAGGAAGCGCAGCAGACACCCAGACAGACAUACAGACAGACAGAGAAACGAUUCACAGCCAGCGUCUUAGAGCCCAGGAGAGAGUGUGCAAAUCAUUGCGUGUAAUGGCCAUCAAUCAGGGCAAAUACAAGCCCACAAUCUGUGCCAUCGAUGAGGUCGAUGAUCGCAGCUAUAAGCUGCACAACAGCCAGGAUGAGAUACGUGGCAAGAAGCAGCAGCAGCAGCAGCAGCUACAGCAGCAGCAGAUCGAGGGCAGCGAAACGGCCCCGCUGACGACAAAUCAACAGAAGCUGCAUAUGGAUGAGGCGGGUCUCACGCCCAAGGACUUGGAGGCGGCACGACAAGAGGCACUGAACGAGGUCAGCAGCGGUGGAGUGGCAGGUGGCGGCAGGACACCCACAGCGAAUACGCCCAACUCGACGCAUCCAUCGGCGAAUGGACUGAGAGCCUUGCUGCUUCCAGGACGCCGAUCCUUUGAUGCAUUGAUGAGUUUGUCGCGCAAGCGAAGGAUUCUGUAUGUGAGCACCGCCUGCCUGUGCGCCCUGCUGCUGAUCAUCAUCAUCAUGCUGCUGGCCUUCUGGCCGGAUGUGCCCUUCUAUCUGCGUGCACCGCUCUGCCUGGAGCGGGAGUGCGUGGAGAGCAGCCGACAGCUGCUGCUGUGGGCCAACACCUCGAAGAGUCCGUGCCACCAGACGUACGAGUGGGCCUGUGGCAACUUUGCCAGCGAUUAUGCCGACAACGAUUACUUUGUGAUCAAGCGUGGCGAAUGGAACUACAAGACUUACAAUGAGUAUCAGGAACUCAAUGAACUGAAUCGCUUCAUUUCGAUGCUGCCGAACUCAGCCGAAGGCUCCUACUCCGUGGAGUCCACCAUCAGCAGUCUGUACCGCAGUUGCCGCGAGAUCGAUGCCCUCGACAAGAGCCAAUCGGAUCUGCUGCUGAAGCGAGCCAUCAAGUCCGUGGAUGGCUGGCAGCUGUUUCGGGACGCUAAUCGCUUGCAGUACUGGGAGCACAAGCGGGCCCUGGUGCAUCUGCAGGCCAAGUACGGCAUCUUUCCCUACUACCGCAUCAGUGUGGACAAUGGCUACAGCAAUCCCCAUGACUAUGUGAUCACCAUCGAUGAGGGUCAGAUUGGAUUGCCGGACAAGUAUUUCUACGGCCCCGAUGCCGACGAGGAAGUGGUCAAAGGCUACAAGCUGCUGCUCAGGGACUUUGCCAUCAAUAUGGGCAUUGUCUCGCGCGAGGCGGAUCUGUUCGCCGACGAUAUCUUCCACUACGAGCGACGCAUUGUCAAUCACAUUGAGGACGCCAAGGCUGGCGGAGAGCGCCAGCUGAACAGGCUGAUGCGUCUGGCUGACCUGAAGACCAAAGCUCCAUCUCUGCCAAUUUAUGAGUCACUUCAGGCCAUAUUUCCCAAUACCAAAAUCACCGAGGACACUGAGGUCUUGGUGCGUGAUGUGGAGGUCUUGCAUUCGCUCUCCGAGCUGCUCUCCACAUCGGAUAAAAAACCCAUCAACAAUUUUAUCAUUUGGUCGCUGGCCCGACAAAUGCUGCCACAUCUGUCCAAGGAAUAUCGCACGCUGGCGGAGCACUUCGAUCACGCCAUCUACGGGCGCACGGCCAGCUAUCCGCGCUGGCUCAUCUGCAGCCGGGUGGUGCGCGACUGGCUGCCCUUUGCCGUGGAGGCGCUGCAGCAGCAGCCGCCACAGCAGCAGUUCGAAAGACAGCCGGCCGUGGCAUCCGACUCCACAGCCGCCUCAAGUCCACUGAACAAGACGCACGCCAAUGAGGAGUAUCUGCGCCUGAUGUUCUACAGUCUGCGCAAUCAGCUGCAGGCGUCGCUGGAGCAGGCCAGCUGGCUGGAGAGCGCCGCCAGGCAGUUCCUCAGGAACAAGCUGGACGAGAUGCGACUGCAGUUCGGCAUACCCGGCGAGGUGCUGGAGCAGCCCAACUACCUGCGGGACUACUACAACGAUCUGAUGCUGAACAAUCUGUACUUUGUGGAGCAUCUGGAGUCCAUCUGGACGUUCCGUCGCACGCGGCUCGAGAAGAAAUUGAAGCCGCUCGGCAUGCUGGAUGUCAUUGUUUCCGAGAUGUACACAAGGGACCAUCCGCAGGCCAUUGCCUAUUCGAACAAGUUGAAUAUGCUGCUGGUGUCGAGGGUUCUGAUCAGCUCCAGCUACUACGACUAUCGCUAUCCAGUCUCUGUGAAUUUUGCCCGCAUUGGGACGGACAUUUUGGAGGCUUUGAUUGAGAACUUCUCCACAUUCCUGCUGCAGUUCAACGCCCAGAGCUCGGACCUGAGCGACGCUGUGCCCGAGAUCCAGUACGCCCAGCCGGAUGUGAAUUGUUUGGCCGCCGGACAGCCGCCCCGCCUCACCCAUGAGCUCAAUGAGCUGUCCAGCACGGCGCUCAAGAGCUUCCAUGUGACGCUGAGUGCGGCCCGAACGGCGGCCCGGGCACUGAGCAGCUUUGUGACGGCCAUCGAUGCGGGCAGCGCCAUCCAGGGCUCGGGCAUCGAUCAGGUGAACACCUACAAGGCCCUGGGUCUGACGCGACGCCUGCGAGUGCCCGGCCUGCGUUCGUUCAACGAGAACGAGCUCUUCACCCUGGCCUACAUGCAGCAGCACUGCAGCACAACAAUAGCCGACAAGGACUAUGCCAGGAUCAAGCCGCAUGUGGAAAGCCAGCUGGCCGAAAGAUAUUUAUUCAAUGCCACCUGGCAGCACAUACAGUUCCUGCCACGAUCCACCAAUUGCGCCGUGUCCGAGCCAAGCUGCUCAAAUCUGCUCUGAAAUCCAUUCGAUCAUCCCCAGGCACAACCCAGCGACUGUGGAUGAUUUUUUUUGUACAAUUCCUUAGCUCCAACAACAACAAC